AUGCAGGAUCUGGCAGACGAGCUCCCUGAAUCUUCCCCACGCUUCAUUCUUCUGAGCUAUCCCUUGACCCUGGUAGGUGGCAUCUGUGCUGGAGGCUCCGAUGCACCACCCCUCAAGUCCUGUUCAAAGAAUGUUCGUGUGCUCGAAACUAACUUUUUCUCAUCUCACCAGGGUUCCGGUCGCCUGACAGUCCCUUACGUCCUCCUCUACUACCUUCCCGAAAAUUGCAAUCCGUCCAUGAGAAUGACAUAUGCCGGCGCUGUGGAAUUGAUGCGCAAUACGGCAGAAGUCAACCGUGUGAUUGAAGUCCAGGAUGAGGAUGAUAUACUUUCCAUCGAGUCGAAGCUUCAGGGAUCGGACUAA